CCAAAAUUCCGUCCGGUAGCAGUUGUUGUCCCUGGAAAGGCUGAUAUCUGUUUUUCCCCCCCUCAGGAGAGAGACACCUCGCUUGUUUAAAGUGCGUCUACUCUACAAGGAGAAUAUCUGUGACACAUUACAAUGCUUCACAUAAGGGACAUCAUCUGGGGAUUUCUAUUCAUUGGCUGUGCAGCCGCCAUCCAGGUGGAAAUCACUCCGACGCAAGGAGAGAUCAGCGUAGGAGAGUCCAAGUUUUUCCUCUGCGAAGUGGUGGGAGAUGCUAAAGACAUAGACUGGUAUGCCCCCAGCGGCGAGAAGAUCUUUCCCAACAGGCCAGACAUUUUUGUGAGCCGCAGUGAUGAAAGCACGUCGACCCUCACCAUAUACCACGCCAAUGUGGACAGCGCUGGCAUCUACAAGUGUGUGGCGAAGAACGCGGACAAGGAGGCUCAGGCCACGGUCCAAGUGAAGAUCUUCCAGAAGAUCACUUUCGAGAGCGCUCCGAGCCCACAGGAGUUCAGCGAAGGCGACGAUGCCGACAUCGUCUGCGAUGUGGUCAGCUCGCCGCCGCCCACCAUCAUUUGGAAGCACAAGGGCUCCAAGAUUCAAUUUGCCAAAGACGUGCGAUUCAAGAUCAUGGAUAAUGGCCACCUGCAGAUCCGCGGCAUCAAGAAGACGGAUGAGGGCAUGUACAACUGUGAAGCCCGUGUCAUGGCCAGGGGAGAAAUUGACUUCAGGAUGAUCAAGGUCGUUGUUAAUGUGCUUCCCACCAUCCGUGCCAGGCAGUCAGAGGUCAACGCCACCGCAGACAUUGGUAGCUCUGCUUUGUUGGCUUGUGAUGCGGACGGCUUCCCUGAACCCACUGUCACCUGGGCACAUAACAACAUUGUCCUUGAAACGGGCGAUAAGUACAGCCUGAACGAGGAUGGUUCAGAAUUAGUAAUAAAAGAUGUCAAGAAAGUGGAUGAAGGAGAUUACACUUGCAUCGCCAAGAACAAGGCGGGAGAGAAAGCCGAGGAAGUCAGCCUGAACGUGUUCGUGCAACCCAAGAUUACCUACCUGAAUAACCAGACUGCCUCCGAGUUUGACGAUCAAGUCACCCUGACCUGUGAGGCCUCGGGCGACCCCACACCCACCAUCUCCUGGAGCUUUGACGACAAGGUGUUCACUGAAGGAGAGCAGAGCCUUGAUAGGAAUAUUGUGGUACGCAGCCACGCACGGGUGUCCUCUCUCACCUUGAAAAACAUCCAGUUCACCUACGCCGGCGAGUAUCUCUGCACCGCCAGCAACUCCAUCGGUCAGGACAACAAGCACAUGUACCUGGAAGUCCGCUAUGCUCCGAAGAUCGAGGGUGCAGUGGUGGCGUACACGUGGGAGGGAAAUCCGGUCAACAUCAGCUGUAAGGUGGACGCUCACCCGGGAGCCUCAGUCGUUUGGUUCAGGGACAACUACCAGCUGCCCAACGCCAACGUUACCAACAGCAAGAUCUACCACACGCCAACCGCCAGCUACCUGGAGGUUACCCCUGAUUCUGAGAGUGAUUAUGGGACCUACAACUGCACAGCAACCAACGCGAUGGGCACUGGGUCCAAGGAGUUCAUUCUUAUCCAAGCAGAGGUGCCCUCGUCGCCCGACAUGGAAUACGUGGUACCUUUCUCGAGCACAGCAGUGGUCCAUUUUUCGGAGCCCGACUCCACGGGUGGAGUGCCCAUUCUCAAGUACAGAGUGGAGUGGUGUUUGCCUGGCCAGGAAUGGACUGGCAAGGACGUCGACGCUGUCGGCGGCUUGAACAAGGUCACCAUCGAUGGCCUGAAACCAGAGACCAACUAUGAGGUCAAGAUAUCCGCCAUCAACGGCAAAGGCAUAAGCGAGAGCAGCUCGGCCAAGACUUUCAAGACCGAGCCAGUCCUUUCAUCCGAGAUUCCAUCCUCUAUCGCUGCUACCACUAUGGCCCUUAAAGGGGAACCCAGUGCUCCCAAGCUAGAGGUCAAGGUCCAAAACAAGGGCAAUUCUCUUAAGGUCAACUGGAUCAAGCAGGACGACGGCGGUUCCCCCAUUAAACAUUACCUGAUCAGAUACAAGGCUAAACAUGUGUCUGACUGGAAACCAGAGAUCCGCCUUCCCCAUGGCAGUGAGUAUGUGGUGCUGAGCGGCCUGGACUGGAAUACAGAGUACGAGGUUCACGUGGUGGCAGAAAAUCAGCAGGGCAAGUCCAAGCCUGGCAUCCUCUCCUUCAGAACAGCUACAGAGCCAACUACCAUCCCAGACACCAUGGGCAGUGUCUCAGGCCUCGGCACCGGAGCUAUCGUAGGCAUCCUCAUUGUUGUCUUUUUCCUGCUGCUGGUGGGCGUGGACGUCACCUGCUACUUCCUCAACAAGUGUGGACUCCUCAUGUGCAUUGCUGUUAACUUCUGUGGGAAGGCCGGCCCAGGUGCCAAGAGCAAGGACAUUGAAGAGGGCAAGGCGGCAUUCACGAAAGAUGAGUCUAAGGAGCCCAUUGUUGAGGUGAGAGCAGAGGAAGAACACACCCCAAACCAGGAAGGAGGGGGUCCCACUGAGCCCAAUGAGACCACGCCUUUGACAGAACCUGAGCCUGCUGCUGCAGACACCACCUCCACUGUGGUAAACUUGCUCCCCUCCACUGCCACUAACUCAGUUACUGAGAGCUUUAGCACGGCGCACAGCAGUCCUGCUAGCGAGAGCACCACGCUUACCACCAGCGCCUCCAGCCCAACCAAAGUGGCCCCUGCCAAGUCCUCCCCCCAAAACAGCCCUGUUGCUCAGUCCAGUUCGCUUAAAGCUAACCCCCAACCUGAUGUCGGGCCCCUGGUCGACCUGAGCGACACACCUAAAGCUCCCCCCUCGUCCAACCCAAUACCCCCUGUCUCAGAGCCAGUCAGCCCGCCCUCUGCUAAUGCCGAUGGGCCACAGAGCCAGUGUGAACCAGUCAAAGCCCCCGACAGCACCCAGAGUAAGGACUUACAAGUAGACGGCCCGGCCGAGGAUGCCCCCAAUGCCCCGUGCGCAGACUCGACCACGCCAGCUCAAAAUGACGGUAAGACUGUGAAGGACGAUAACACUAAAGGCGAGACAGAGGUGAAGAACGCCACGGGCGAGGUGAAGACAGUCCCCAACGAGGCUCCCCAGAUGAACGGCAACGAGAGUAAAGCGUAAUCUCCUGGCCCGAGAGCAUCAGGAGGAGAAGGGUGGUUGGGGUUGGAAAGGGUGGAAGGGUGUGGGUUUUUAAGGUUAAUCGAGGGGGGUCACAGUCACUGAAACCUCAAAGCAAUGUCACACACCACCCCGUCGCAUCAGAAAAAAAAACAACAA